CCAUACUCUGCGGUGUGUGGACAGGAGGUCCUAGCCGGCUGGAAUGAAUAAUCCUCUGCUUUUGCAUCCGUAACUGCUAGGUACCCAGUUACUGCCCGAAACUCAGGCGUGAGUCUUCCUCAUUCCACACCCUCACAAAGCAGGUGGUAAUGGGCACACCCAAAGAUACAAAGUCCAGGCACCUUGCUGGGAGGUGCCAUGAGCUCCACAACUCCAGAGGAAGGUGUCCGGAGACAGACACCAUGGCUUCCGAGAAAGGUCCUUCAAACAAGGAUUACACGUUGAGGAGAAGAAUUGAACCCUGGGAAUUUGAAGUCUUCUUUGACCCCCGAGAACUGCGUAAAGAGGCCUGUCUGCUCUACGAAAUCAAGUGGGGGACAAGCUCCAAGACCUGGCGCAGCUCGGGCAAGAACACCACCAAUCACGUGGAAGUCAACUUCAUAGAAAAGAUGACUUCUGAGAGGCGGCUUUGCCCAUCCACCUGCUGCUCCAUCACCUGGUUCUUGUCUUGGAGCCCCUGCUGGGAAUGCUCCACGGCGAUUAGAAAAUUUUUGAGUCAACACCCUGGCGUGACUCUGGUAAUUUUUGUAGCCCGGCUAUUUCAGCACAUGGAUCACCGGAACCGGCAAGGACUCAAGGACCUCGUUACCAGCGGCGUAACUAUCCGGGUUAUGAGCGUCUCAGAGUAUUGUUACUGCUGGGAGAAUUUUGUCAACUAUCCGCCAGGGAAAGCAGCUCAAUGGCCAAGGUACCCACCUCAGUGGAUGCUGAUGUAUGCACUGGAACUCUACUGCAUCAAUCUCGGUCUCCCACCCUGUUUAAAGAUUUCAAGAAGACAUCAAAAUCAGCUUACAUUUUUCAGCCUUACUCCUCAACAUUGCCAUUAUCAAAUGAUUCCACCGUACAUCCUUUUAGCUGCGGGAUUGAUACAACCUUCUGUGACUUGGAGAUAAAUAGAAUGAUUCUUUCUGUUUAUGUUGUUUCAAGAACAAACUACCCAACAAAGAGUGAGUGCUCUUAAGAAUCUAGAAAUUUCCACAAAUAGCAAUACCAUGAAUUGUGUUACCUUUGACCAUAUUUCAGGUCACCUUAAAACUUAAAACAAUAAUGAAUAUAUAUAUUUAAGGAUUUAUUUUAUUUAUCUGAAAGGCAGAGUGACAGAGGGAGAGAGAAAGAGAAAGAGACCUUCCAUCUUCUGGCUGACUUCCUAAAUGGCCAGCAUGACUGGGGCUGGGCCUGGCUAAAGCCAGGAGCCAGGAAAGACAUCCAGGCCUCCAACACGGCUGGCAGGGGCCCAAGUACUUGGGCCAUCUUCCAUUGCCUUCCCAGGCGCAUUAGCAGGGAGCAGGAUCAGAAGUGGAGCAGACAAGACUUGAACCGCACUCUGACAUGCAAUGCUGCCAUCAAAGGUGGUGGCUUAGCCUGUUGGCCACAACACCAGCUCCAGCAAUAAAUCCUCAUGACUUUUCACAGUUUCUGUGAGUCAGGAAUUCAAGAGCACUUACCUGUGUGUCCGGCUCAGAGUCUUCUGUGAGACUGCAAUCCGCACGCCAGGGCUACGGUGGUUGGAAGCUUUGAUGGGUGACGCAGACCAUGCUUCCCACGUAGGAUACUCAACGUGGCCUGCACGUUGGUGCUAGCGGGCCUCUCCACAGGGAUGCUUAACUCUCCUCCUGAGACGGCAGCUGGCUUCCUAUAGAGCAAACGGCCCAAGAGAGGUGAAGAUGGAAAUUGCCAUGAAUUUAGUCUGGGAACCACAGGCUAUUUCUUCUGCGAUUUUCCAGUGGCCACACAGGCCAGCCAUGAUUUGGUGUUGGAGGGCACUAUAUAGAAGAUCUCAGCCUCAGGGAGUGAGAGUCACUGGAAUUCUUCUUUGGUUUUCCCUGUAGGGACUUUGUGUUUUCAGGAUAAAUAAUUACAUGGACUAAUUUCUCAGACACAGAGGAAAACAAAGGGCAAAGUAGUAUCUAUUUUUAUUUCUGAAUCAAAACAUUCUAAGAUUUAAUAGAUAAUUUAUUAAUAGAUGAUUUAUUCAUCAGAACUUAUAGGGUAUGUUACUGGU